AAAGGGCGGCCCCGAUUUCAUCUCACAACGGGUCCUCUUUCUCGCCUCAGUCUGGACACCAUCCUGAACCAGGUGGCGGUCCAGAGGAAGCGUCCCUUUGUGGAGCGCGUUCUGAGCUAUUGGGUCCUCAAGAGGCAGUCCAGGAACAACGUGCCGCUCAUCCGCCGCCUGCAGGCCAACCCGUCCCAAGCGCCCAAGUCUGCGUCGGCGGUUGCCGCGGAAACCAACCAAGCGCUGAAGGAGCAGCUGAAGGAGUGGCACCGACUCAGACACGACCUGGAGCGAGCGCGACUCCUCUUGGAGCUCAUCAGGAAGAGGGAGAAGCUCAAGAGGGAGGAGAUGAAGCUGCAGCAGUCGGCGCUGGAGGUCCAGCUGACGCCCUUCAACAUCCUGCUCAGGGCCGUGCUCAGCCAGCUGCAGCAGAAGGACCAGUACAACGUCUUUGCUCAGCCCGUCAGCACCAAGGAGGUCCCGGACUACCUGGACCACAUCGAGCGGCCCAUGGACUUCUCCACCAUGAGGACGCGCAUCGACGGCCACGCCUACCGCAGCCUGGACCAGUUUGAGGCCGACUUUGACCUGAUCAUCGCCAACUGCAUGAAAUACAACGCCAAGGAGACCUUUUUCUACAAGGUGGCCCAGAGGAUGCAGGACCACGGCGGCGCCAUCCUGCGCCGCGCCCGCAAGGAGGCCGACCGGAUCGGCUUCGACUUCCCCAGCGGACUGCUGCUGCCCGCGGCGCCCAAAGCGGAGGCGCCGCCGUCCUUCGCCUGGGAGGACGUGGACCGCCUGCUGAGCCCCUCCUACCGCCGCCUCACGCCGCCCGAGGAUCAGCUGAAGGAGCUCCUGGAGAAGCUGGACCUGAGCGCGGCCAUGAAGAACAGCCCGUCUCGCAGCAAGAGGCUCAAGCUGCUCAAGAAGACCAUCACGGAGGUCCGCAGCGAGAUGAGCCUCAAGAAGUCGCUACCGGCCACCGAGCGGCCGCCGCACGGACCUCCGCAGUCACCCGGCGCCGCUCCCGAGUCGAACGCCUCCGCUCCGCCGACGCUCAAGGCGCCGCUACCGUCGGCGCCGUCGGAAGCGCCGCCGACGCCCCCCGACCUGGGCCCGCCCCACCUGAAGCCGGCGGAGCCCGUCCCCGCGGCGCCGGGGGUUUUGACCUGCACCUCAGCUACCUCAGCGCGCGCCCCCAAGCUCAACGGGCACCUCCCCGACGGCGACCCAGCCGAGCGACGGAACAGCCUCCUCUUCCGCAAGUCCAAGAGCGUCAGUCCGCAGAAGCUGCCCAGAGACCGCGAGGCGCCCGCCGCCCUCUCGCCAUCGCCGCCGCUGGGCGCAAAGACCUUCCUGUCGGUGGUCAUCCCUCGACUGGAGUCGCUGCUGCUGCCCAAGAAGCGGCCGCGGAGCAGCAGCGUCGACGGCGAGCACGACGAGUCGCCGCCCGUCAAGCGUCUGGGCGCAGGGGUCGCCAACGGUUUCGUGCCGGGGCGAGGGGAGGACGACGCCCCGCCGCCUCGAUUGCUGGAGCCUCGACGCCGCUGCGCCUCCGAGUCCAGCAUCUCCUCCGGCGCCAGCGUCUUCUCCGGUGCCAGUACCGCAACGAUCACCAAAAGCAGCAACGGGCAACCGGCGGCCGCUCGACGCAACACGGCGGACGACCAAAGCGGUCCUCCGUCUUGCGCCGAGAAUGGAGAGUUCGGCCACGCCCUCAAGGUCUCGUCAGAGGCGUGGAAGCCCUCGGCCGCCUUCCCCUUUGUUGCGGAGCCUCUUAAGCUAGUUUGGGCUAAAUGUAGUGGAUAUCCCUCCUAUCCCGCGCUGAUCAUGGAGCCGCCGGCGCCGAGGACGACGAGGCGGCCGGCGCGGCGCCAGCGCAACGGGGCGGCGACACUGGGGGCGGAGCUUCCCCGACCCCCGCGGGACGUGCUGCGAGCCGGCGAGCAGAUGCAGUUCAGGUCCGCAGAGAAACUCUUCCUCGUCCACUUCUUCGACAGCAAGCGCAGCUGGCAAUGGCUUCCUAGAUCCAAGAUGUCUCCGUUCGGCGUGGAUCACAGUCUGGACCGCAUCAAGCUGCUGGAGUCUCGCCGUUCGCGUCUGCAGAAGUCUGUGCAGCGAGCCUUCGAGCGGGCCAUGAAGCACCUCGGCGACGAAGGCGGGGGCGGGAGGGCCCCGGCCUCGCAACGUUGACGACCGCUGUCACACAUUCCCCCACCCCCGCUGCCGCUUUUGGUGUGUUUCGGCUCCCGCCGACGCCCGCUCACGCACAAACGACUGAUGCGCCGAAGCUCGCGGCGGCCGUCUUGUUUUGUUCCGAGACCUAUGCAAACGCCGACACUUUGGUGACGGGAGAAAGACGAUCCAACGGACGAAUGUGCCCAUGAAACCGACCGCCUCACAUGUGCUGCAACUAUCUUAACUGCCACGAAGACUGCGAGCGUGUUGUGUGAGAAUGGGAAUGUCAGCGCGUCUGGGCUUGUGGACGUCUGUACACGAGUUUGUUUUUCUGCAUGUUGAAAGAUUGUGUGUGUGUGUGUGUGUGUGUGUGUGUGUGUGUGUCAGCUCCUACCACUCGAGGUCCUGACUUGACACUAAUUUAUUCAAUGAGUCCUCCUGUCAUCGGACAUUUUGUACGACAACUACGGCCACUGCCAUCAUGUGGUGCUAUUUCAUUCAUACUGUAUCUUUGUUUUUGUUGUUGUUUUUUUUUUGUUUUUUUUUUACUUUUUUAAGUUAUUGACUUCUCAAGCUACAACUUCUUGGCAUUAAUUUUGUUUUUUUAUAAAGUAUGUUUUUACACAACUAC